AGGGGGAAGCGAGUGACGACGGAGCAAGCGAGAGAAGUCGGUUAUCGCUUCGGAGAGGGGGACGCCGCGUGAAAGACAAGGAGGAAAAGCAGCGCGCGUUCCUCGUCGGCACGUAGAGGCACACCGCACCGUGGAAGAGUGUAUGCGCGCGAGAGAGACGGUGACCGUUCAAAGGAAGAGAGGGAAUGAUAGUGGAAAAGAGAAAGAGGAGAAACGAUGGCUGGUGGAAGAGAGAAAGAGUGAUAGGGAGGGAGCGACAGAGAGAGAGAGACGGGAAAGUCAUCAGUGGAAGGAAGAGAGGCCGAUGGUGAAAGAGAGAGAGAAAAGGAGACGAACGAGCGAGUAAGAGACGGAGGACGGUACAGAGUGGCGGUACACGGGGCGCGAGAAAAGCGGUAGUGUGCCGUGGACCACCGCACUGGCAUACCGUGGUUCGUUACGAUCCCCUUCGUACGUCGCUUCGUACCGAACCUCGCAGUCAUCAGCGAAGUCACAUUUCGGCUAGUGCUAGUGCAGUGCGGACAGAGUCGGAGCGGUUGCUUCGGUCCUUUUAAAAAAGUACGACCGAGUUUCCGAGACGAGACGCACAAGGCCCCGGGCCUAGUGACCGAUUCAGAAAAUCAUAUCAUACCGAUAUCAUAUCGAUAUACGAGAUAGAGAGAAACAGAGAGAGGUGUUCCGCGAGGGAGAGAUCGUCGCGUGCCGGCCGACCGAACGUCGACGGGCGCGCACGCGGUAGAGAGACCCAUAGCCAGUUUUAUAGCCCGUCUUAUUACCCCGGUUUAUUGCGUCGUAACGGUUUAACGAUCAUCGCCCGUUUCCACCACCUAGACCGCCGGUUUACACUCUUGCCGGUAGCGGUAACCAUAACAAGCUCAUAAAAGCCCCCGCCGCUGCCAUGAGUCCCAUUCGGAAUUAUACUCGUACGGCCUAUUGACAUUGACACUCUUGGGUGCAACCGCUUAUACCUACCGAUGACUUUUAUGACCUCUUAAAACGGUUUAAUGCCUGUUUGCUCGUCCCUUGUCGACGCUGUCACCUGUCGCCACCCGCGUCAAACAGCGUAUCGGUGUUUAGACGCGACGCGCCCAUCUCUCGCUUUUUGGCGCCAACUACUACCGGAACACGGACUCGGAACUACAACGAUCAACUCGAUACUCUUCGUCUUCCGUGGGACGAAUGGUGAAUCUGAAACGGUGAACGGACCUUUUUAACAAACUCGGAAAACGCGACGAGAAAUAUCGCGCGGAGCAUGGACUCUAAUAUUGUUCGCAAUUAAAAAAAACACUUAUUUUUCCAUUUUCUCUCCGUCCUCUCGACAAUUACGAAGAAAAAUAGACGAGAACAAUAUACAACGAAUUGUUUGAACGAGGCCCUUCAUAACUCGCCUCUCCGAUCGCGAGUUCGCCGUUAUAUUUUUUAUUGUUUCUCGAGUGGCGGUGUUUCAGUGCAAGUGAUUCAAAAUACCCGGGAUAAUGAACUCGUAUUUUGAGCAGACUGCGGGUGGCUUCUACGGAAGUCACCACCAUCAGACAGGAGCCGCCAGUCAACACCAUGAUCCAGCCACGGCAGCUGCCUAUCGAAGUUUCCCUCUGGGCCUGGGUAUGUCACCUUACGCAUCCACUCAGCAUCAUCAUCACACCUCCUCGUCAUUGGGCAUACAUCCGGGCGGGGGAACGAACACGAGACCACCUCAAGAUUCACCGUACGAUGCGAGCGUCGCGACGGCUUGCAAACUUUAUUCAACGACACCCGAGGCAACUGGACACACGACAUCCUCAUAUUCGACCACAGCGACCAAGGACUGUAAGCAACAAGAUCAAGCAUCGGCGCAUCAGAAUGGUUACGCUGCAGUGAUGGCAGCUGCGGCCGUCAAGGACGUUUGGCAGUCAGCGACCUCGGGAGCGAACAGUCAGAGCAAUUCGGUGGUUCGUCCAUCAGCGUGCACUCCAGAAGGGACGAGGGUUGGUAGCUACGGUGGUCUCGUAGGCGGCGAUCCAGCAUCGAGUCCUGGUAACAACAGUUCCUCGAGGUCCCUCACGUCGUCCUGGAACACCUGCAGUUUGAACUCGUCCGCGAGCCAACCGGUUGCCACGCAACUACAUCAGCAACCCACCAACCAUACGUUCUACCCCUGGAUGGCUAUAGCAGGUAAGGAAGAUAUUGCUAAGCCACAUUGGACAUGGUUGCAAGGAGCGAACGGAAUGCGCAGGCGCGGCCGCCAGACCUACACGCGCUACCAGACGCUCGAACUGGAGAAGGAAUUCCACACGAACCACUACCUCACCAGGCGGAGGCGGAUCGAGAUGGCACACUCGCUCUGCCUGACGGAACGGCAGAUCAAGAUCUGGUUCCAGAAUCGGCGGAUGAAGCUGAAGAAGGAGAUACAGGCGAUCAAGGAGCUGAACGAACAGGAGAAGCAGGCGCAGGCGCAGAAGGCAGCGGCAGCAGCGGCCGCGGCUGCGCAUCAGCAGCAAGCGGCCGGUGGGGGACCGGAGGGGGCCAACUAGGGGUACGCCCUGCACCGGAGCCCCCCUGACCACCCCACCACCAAUCCACACCACCCUCUGCUAGCACCGCAAUGUACACAGCUAUAUUAAAGGUGAGUGGCAGGCUGCAUCCACUGUCUCUGUAAUGCCAAAUAGAUGGUCGAUGUGCGUAUCUGUCGAUCGUCAAUUUAUCGGUUGCGGCGAAUCGGAUGCUGCACCCGGUGAGUGACGAACCCGCCUCCUGCUCCCGCCCCCCUCCCCCCGCGCGCCACCGCAACCAUCACCACCCCCAUGGAGAAACCUCCUGUCAGCUCACUUUGACCAAUAAUCCCGCAGACCAAUCAGUAUCCAAGUGCACAGUGACGUCCGUACAAGCCUAGUAUUGUCGUAGUUCACCCUUUGCCCCCUCCCCCACAUUUCUGGCCUCUCUCUAUCUGUGGUCCCCCCCUGCUUUUGGCGCAGUAGUGUGUGUAGAUAGAGGGGGUGAGUUGUACGGAGUUGUAUAGUUCCGCUCGUUAAAACAACCGAUCUCUCCGUCCCGUAUCUCGUUUUCGAGCGUGAAAAGGCGAAAAGGCGACGACGAAAAGGCGCGUGAACAACGACAUAUCGUUCAUAGAAACGAUCACCGAGAAACGUUAUGUAUGUGUCCAGAUGUUUCUCAUAAUGUCUCGGGUUUCGUCUCUUUGCUCAAAGGCAAAGGUGGUGGUAAAAAUGGUGCGUUGGGAUGCGCGCAAUCCUCUCUCUGAAAACCUAAAUACGUAAACGAAAUGGCUAAGAGUUAAUAAUUAGUAAGUUAACGCUUGGGAAGUGAGAGCACAAGUAUCCUCGAGUGUCCACACGCUAUGGCGAUCGACGCGGAUAUAUGAACGAUUAGGAGGGGGGUUGAUUCGGCAGUUUUCGUUUUUAUCGACACGCGUUGUCUCCCCAGUGAUUAAAAUAAUUACUUUUUUCUCUUUCGCGGAUCGAUAUAUUAUACGGAGAGAGAGUGAGAGUGAGAGUGAGUGAGUGAGUGAGUGAGUGAGUGAGUGAGUGAGUGAAUGAGUGAGAGAGAGAGAGAGAAGAAUAGAAUAUAUUUUGCUGAUAUAUCGUUCUUCUUAUUUAAAAUUUUUAUCUAGCAGAAAAUUAAAGCACUUAAUCCUUUAAUUGUGGAAUCGAAUCUUUGAAUUCGUAUAUAUGUAUUUCAAUAUUAUAUGUAUUUCGUAAUUAAAGGGUUAAGAGAAAUAAAUUUGAUCUUAUUCCUUAAAAUUAAAAAAUGCAAAGAACUUAAGUUGUUUCGAUGAAAAAAAAAAAGAAAUAGCCAGAUAGGAAAAUUUUAAGUAAGAAGGAUUGAUAUAUUUUAUGAAUACCGCCAUUCCCUCCCCUCCCCUGUUUUUUGUUAACAUGGCGAUUAUUUCGUUUUAUUUCGCUUGUUUGAUCGCAUACGCUCGCUGAUACCACGAUCCCUUCCAUAGCGUGUUAAUAAUGCUACGACUGCUGUUGAUGUUAUGUUUUUGUUAAUUAUUAUUAUUAUUAUUUUUUUUUAUUUGUCUCUGCGGAAACGACACGAGAACACGUCUCUAUCGUCAUCGUGUGUCUCGAUGUUUCUUUCGAGCAUUAACCUCUUUCGAAGAGAAAUAAAGAAAAAAGGGGAUAGCAAUAAUACUAGAAUAUUUGUCUAUGACAAUGUCCCGAUCUUUUUUUCGGGCACACCAAAAGACGAUAAAAACGUGUUUCUUUCGAUCGGUACAAAAUAUAUAUGUUGAUGUUCGAUAAUUUUGUUAAAUAUUAUAUAUUAUAGAAAGAAACGUUUAUGCGAUGCGUAUAGGCGCCUCUAUACCAGGCCGAAAGAAUGGUGAGACGGCGCAUGCGCGGUUUUUCUCUUACGAGUCGAAUGUAACCUUUAUACGCCGAACACGUAUAAAGAAAAAAGAAAAAAAAAAAACAUUAAAGAUACACAGAUUCCUUACUUCUUCCGUACUUCCUUUUUUUUCUUUCACUGUGCUCGUUUAUAAUAAUUUCUCUCUCUAUCUGUGAAUCGUUACGAUCCCUCGUUCCAAACGAGAAAUCGAACGAAACUCCGAUAGACACUUUUAACGAAGCAAGAUUAUUACAUUGUACGUACCUACUUAGUACCUAUAAACGCCUACCCAGGCACAAAGUGUGCGUGGCGCUAUCCUAAGGCAGUAAAACACAACUAUUCUAGUUAAUGAAUGUAUACGAAUAGCCGCUAAGAGACACGCAAGAAUAAUAGGUAAACGCAGUAUUUCUAAGAGGAAUGUAAUGUUAAUAAUUAUUUAUUUUGUGGAUCUCGGUGAAACGGGAAGAAUGGAAAAAUAAAACUGAUGAAAAAAUAAUAACAAUAAAAAAAAAGAUACGAAGUUAGAACGCGCGAAAAAGAAUUAUAUAUAUAUAUAUACGAAUAGAAAGAAUACACAUUCGUCGCUCUGCUGUGCUGUAAAAUGUUUUAAAUUACGGAUUUUUUUAUAGGCGAAUAGGCCUAUAUCUCUUAGGGAUAGGCGUAUCCAUGCGUAGUGGUAGCCGCAUCAUCACUAUCAUCAUCAUCAUCAUCGUUAUUAUCAUUAUCAUUAUCAUCAUCAUCAUCAUUAUCAUUGUCGUUAUCAUUAUCAUCAUCAUCAUCAUCAUCAUUUAUUUCACUGUAAACGUUAUAAUUUCUUUUUUCCGCGAUGAUGGCGACAUAAGAAUGAAAGGAAAACGGAUAUCUACAAGGCAAACACACAGCAUCCUCUUUUGUAAUAUAAUUCUAGAAUAUCGGUUGUUUACCAAUUUGGAUCCUGAUUGUAUGUAUACCCGCGAGAGCGACCAGGGCCGCAUCUGCUGCCUAUGCGUGGAAACCACGUGUUGUAAAACGACGUGUAUAAAACUGAAGAGACGAUUUUUGUUUCUCUAGGGGGCGGUUGCUGCUCUGAACGCUGAUUGUAAUAUUACCUUGAUUAUACGAUUACUAAGGAAAAAAAGGAACAAAAUAAAUGCGAUGUAAACUUGA